AUGUCGGGGCCAGAUCCGCUGUUUGAUGUGAAAAACGCCCUCUACUUGGGCAACUGGCAGCAGUGCCUGAAUGAGGUUCAGAAAGCAAAGACUAAAACUGAAGAGCAGAAGCUGGAGCAGGACAUUUUCAUGUACCGGGCUUACACGGCGCAGAAAAAGUAUGGCCUCGUCUCCAGUGAAAUUCGCGACUCGAUGCCGGCUCCUCUUCAGGCGGUAAAGUUGCUGGCUAAAUAUCACUCGACAACAUCAUCUUCCGCCAAGGUCGAGAUUGCCGAGCAAGUUGACGCCGACUUCGAUAGGGUGGAGAUUGCCGAGCAAGUUGACGCCGAAUUUGAUAGAUACACCAGCGACAGCGUUUCACAGCUCAUUGCCGCCACCAUUCAGUACUACCAGAAGAACUAUGACCUCGCUUUGAAAGUGCUCUACAAAUCUGACGACUUGGAAUGUAUGGCACUUACGGUGCAAACUUUUCUUCAGCUGGAUCGGUUAGAUCUCGCCCGAAAGGAGUACAAGCGAAUGGCCGAAAAGGACGAGUACUGCACACUGUCUCAGCUGGCACUGAUGUCGAUCUACCUAUUUCAGGCGGGAGAAAAGCUCCAGGACGCCUUCUUUAUCAUGGAGGAACUACGUGAAAAGUUCGGUCCGUCGCCGUUGCUGCUCAACGGGCAGGCUGCCGCUUUGAUUGCCCAGGGAAAGCUGAAGGAAGCAGAGGCACUGGUGCAGGAGACUAUUGACAGAGAUCCGAAUUACACUGAGGCCAUCAUCAACCAGAUGAUCUUGGCGCAGUACAACAACAAAACUGAACUAGCGAAUCGGCUUUUCAACCAACUAAAGGACAGUCCUGGUGCCGCUGGAGAUAUUUACCUCGCCGACUAUGAAGCCAAAGAGCGCGAGUUUGAUAAGAUUUGCCUGCNGCAGUACAACAACAAAACUGAACUAGCGAAUCGGCUUUUCAACCAACUAAAGGACAGUCCUGGUGCCGCUGGAGAUAUUUACCUCGCCGACUAUGAAGCCAAAGAGCGCGAGUUUGAUAAGAUUUGCCUGCAAUAUUCUUAG